AAAAAUUUACUGAAAACCAAUUCAUAAAUCAAACCACAAUAGAUUGUGUUAAAAAAAUGUUAUCAAAUUCGUGUAUUUAUUGCAUAAAAUCUUUUCCGAAAAAUUGAAAGAAUUUUUGUAUGAAAAAUUCUUCUUCUUUUCUCUUGUCUUUUUUCGGUAGAAGAAGAAAAAAUGAGAAAAAGUGUGAUGUCUGGAUUAAAGCUUAAUAAAUUUUUGGAUUUUCAUUUUGGUUGGAGAGAAAUGUCAUUAGAAAAGAAAAUGUAAAAAAAAGUGUGAAUAUUUUUGUUAAUUAAAAUAGAUGAAGAAAAAAUUUAAAAAUUUCGAAUAAAAAUUCUUUUUGGUUUUGUCUGAAGCUGAAGAGUGAAGACUUUGCAAAAAGAUGGUGGAAAUUACGACGGCGAGCUAAAUUAUAAAAUGUGAGAAGUGAGAAAGAGAAGCAGACAAUUGGGCUGGAUUUUUAAUUCUUUUUUUGAUUUGAUUUUCUCUCUUCUACUGAUUGUUUUCUGUGCUUUGGUUGUUCUUUCGGUGUUUAAUUAAUUGAAAUUACAAUAAAAUUUAAAAUAAAAAAGGCGAAAAACAAAAAUGAAAUAUGAAUGAUAAAAAGACGAGAUGACGGAGAAAUAAAAAAAAAGUGGAAAUUAUGAAAAAUUUUAAUAAAUUAGUGCAAUUGUGUGUUGCAGCACGGCAAAGUAGAAUGUAGAAGAAGGCAGAAUAUAGCAGAAGAAGAAAAAAGGAAGAAAGAGAAAAAUUAUGGGUAUUGGAAUCGGAAAGAAGAAUUUCAAAUCAAGUGUUGGAUUUUGGGAUUGAAUUGGUGAAUUUGUUGAGUACGAUCUACGAAGUACGACGACGAUGAUGAUGAUGACAAGAAGAGAGUUUUUGUAACACCACACGAAGACGACGAAAUGAAGAAAAGAUGGUGGUAAACUCUUUAGCGGUGUUGUCUUUCCGGUCACCGUCAAUUUAGCCUUUUUUGUAUUUGUAUUCUUUUCAUUUCUUCCUUUCUUAUUACCUAUAUUUUUUUCGGUUUCCCUUUUUUUGUAAUUUUUCGUAUAAUUGCUGUGUUUUUGGAUUAUAAAUGCUUUUUUUUCAAAUAAAAUUUGUAUAAAAGAAUGAAAUACCGCUGCGGGCAGUGACGGGGACGACGACUAAAGCGACGAUGACGACCACUAAGAAUCGAAAAGGCCGCUGCUGCCUUACACACAAUUAAAUUAAUUGCUUUCUGCCAAUUUCCCUACAAUCUUCUCUUGUUCUUACGUACGCCUAUGCUUUUUUUAUCCAGCCAGAAAGUUGAGUUCAAAAUGAACAAGAAAAAUGAAAAAAAGCAAGAAAAAGAAAACAUGUACCUAAUUAUGAUAAUGCAUGUGUAAGUUGUAUGUAUCUCUUUCGAUUUACAAUAUAAUGAAGAAUGAGAAGACAAAAAGGACAUCUUUUCCAAGGCAUAUUGACAUUUUCGUAUAUAUGCAAAAAUAAAAGGACUUUUUCGCCUUCAACAAUAAAAAAAGAAUCCACAAGCCACAAUAUUUCUGUUUUUCUCUUUUGUGUUAAAUAAUAAUCGAAGAAAAAUUCAUGUCAAAACAUUUGAAAAAGAUACACAAGUUAUAUAUAUAAUUCAAUCUGCUGGUAGAUUGAUUCGUUCGCGAAUUGCAUUCAAUUCAAAUUCAGGCGUUGGGCAAUUUGACCCACACUAUGCAUUGCAUUCAGCGCCACACCAUCGAUUUUUUGGAUUUUAUUGCUGCACCUGCCAUUAAAAUGUUUAAGAUAUCUUCAACUUCGAAGUUUAUUUCCACGUUCCACGGCUUUAAUCAGACAUUACACUUUGCUUACAGAAUAACAUCAAAAAUGUCGAAGUCCUACAUUGAAACAACAAAUCGAAUGACUAAAAGAACAUUGGAUUGAAACUAAACUAAAAAAUUCAAAAACAAAAAAAAUACAGCGAAAUAAAUAAAAACCGGGCAAAAAUAGUAACAAGUGUUUUGAGCGCAAACAACAAAUUAAAAUUGCAUAUAGUAUAACAGCUAAUUUAUUUAAAUUAAAAAAAAUAAUAUCUCGUUUAAUUUUCGUUUGGAAAAUUUAAUUUUCCUAAAAAUAAAACAUUACAAAACAACAGCUUAAGUCCUUAUUCGCAUUAUUUGUAAAUUAGUUUGUCGUCGAUCAUUUUUUAAACUAUAUUUAAUUAAAAAAUAAAAAAAAGUAUAAACAUUCUUGUCGCGUUUUAUAUAACAACAACAAUAACCGUUAUAAAUGUGUGUGCGAGUCGGAGAGUCGUUGAACUGAAGAUUUGUUUAUUUUCAAAUAAGCGACACAAAAAAGCACGAAAACGUGGAACAGAGCAAGAUAGUGAUUGAAAAGAAGCAGGAACUUUUUCAUCUAUUUUCUGAGCGCGAAAACUGAUGGAUGGAAAUGCACAAAAUAUGUUUCACGGAAAUCAUCAAGGAGACCCCUACUACCGGUAUGACCCGGCAGCGGCAGCAGCAGCCGCAGCCACACCACGGGCCAUGGG